ACGGCGGGACUCGCCGAUCUCUUCGCACGUUCACACACAUGCUGGGGCUGCUGGGAUGAGAGCCGCCCGGGGCAGCGCUGCUCGCUCGGGUACCGGAUACCGCCUCCGCCUCCGCCUGCGCCUCGUACCCGGGACCGCGGGGCCGUCCGCGGGACUCGAUCAUGGACCAAAUCAUGUUCCCCUGCGCGAGAAGAGCGGCGCUGCGCUCCAGCUUUGACUCUUAAUGCUCCUUUUUCUCGUCCUCAGCUGCUUGUCGUGAGAGAAACCUUCUGGGGAAAUAAGCGUUCCAGCGCUUCGGAUAUAUUCCUCCUCCUCCUACCAUCAUUUUACGCAGUUUUUUCUUCUUGUUGUUUGUUUGUUUGUUUGCGCCGGUGCAAUGAUGCAGCACCCAAUGCCAAUGGAGCUCGGAGUCGGAGCUCCUUACUACCCCGCCGAGGCUCAUCCGGACCACAGGUCCCACCGCUACCGGAGCUUCAUGAUCGAGGAGAUCCUGACCGAGCCCCCGGACCACAAGGUGACCGCCCCGGCCGGAGAGCUGCUCAAGUUCGGGGUCCAGGCGCUGCUCUCCGCGCGCCCCUACCACAACCACCUGGUCUUGAAAGAGCAGACCAGCAUCCUCAAGUUUCCCAUGUCUCCACUGUCGUGUCCUCUGGGCGCCCCGCUAGGAUCCGCUCUCUUAUCGGGAGCCCCGGGUCUUCAGGUCGGCACAGCUUCCCAUCACCUGCCGCUGGACCUCCACCUCCGCAGCAAGCUCGACCCUGGAGGGGAUGGAGGGAGCAAGACGAAGAAGGGCCGCAGGAGCCGAACCGUCUUCACGGAGCUGCAGCUCAUGGGCCUCGAGAAAAGAUUUGAAAAGCAGAAGUACCUCUCCACACCCGACAGAAUAGACCUUGCAGAGUCUUUGGGUCUUAGUCAACUGCAAGUAAAAACAUGGUACCAGAACAGAAGAAUGAAGUGGAAGAAAAUAGUCCUGCAAGGCGGGGGUCUCGAGUCGCCCACCAAACCCAAAGGCCGUCCGAAGAAGAACUCGAUUCCCUCCAGUGACCAGUUGUCUGAGCAGGAGAGGCCCCGGGACGUGGAGCAGGGGUCAGAGGGCUCGUCCUCUUCGAAUUCACACUCGAACCAAGAGGAAUAAGCGUGGAGCACUUCCGUUUCAUCAUCACCAACCGACUACGGCUUCGGGAUCUAUCGAAAAUCUUUCCUUUUCGAUUUUUCGGAGGUUCUUGCCUGAAAGCCCACAGUUUUGGCA